AUGCCUUUCCUCGGGCUACCACUGUCGGCGGCGCGCCUUUGCUUCGUGCUCUCAUCCUUUCUCCAUUUCGCUUGUGCGGCUGCGAAGCUCGUCAAUGUCACGAUCGACGACUCGGGCAAAGAUCCAGUGACCGGCGCCCUGAUCCAAUAUCUCCCCAACUCUACGUUUUGGCAUGGCUCUGCAGAGAUUUGCAACACAUGCGCCGCGCAUCCCGAUCCGGCACAGGCAUUUGAUGGCACUUGGCAUGAUUCUGCUUUUCAUCCAACUUCGAGCAAUACAGUGACCGCUGCAUAUGUUCCGUUCACUGGCACCGCAAUUUAUGUUUUUUGCAUUAUCACACACACCUCUUCUUCACCCGACGGGAAUACCGAUUUGCAGUUCUUCAUCGACAGUCAACUUGUAGGGACAUACCGACUACAGCCCACUGGCAGCACUGUCUACGACUAUAAUGUCCCUGUCUACGUGAACGAAUCCCUUCCGAAUGGGCUCCACAAUCUCACGAUACAGAAUGGUCGGAUCGGCGGUUUGUUUUCUUUGAUACUGCUAGACAAGAUCAUGUACAGAUCCGUCAGCCACGCGCCUAUUAUUGGUGGAGUCGUUGGUGGACUUGCAUUCAUCCUCGCCCUUGGAGGACUCUUCAAUUUCCUCCGUCGCCAAAGACACCAGCCAUACCCUCGAAACAUUAGCAACUUCCUUGCCGACGAAGGCCCAUAUCUAAGCCCUGGUCCCUCCUCACGAUUAUUGUCCCAAGCACCUCGCCACAGGCCAUCCCUUACUGAUCCGUUCCGCAUCGACCCAACGCUCCCAGAUACCAACGCACCUCCACCGGGCCCCUCAAAGCUUCCUCGUCUACCUACAUCUACAGCUGCUCCCAUACCUUCAACAAUUCCCUCCACAAUCGAUUCAGGCUCGCAUCAUGGCGAAGAUCAUCCCACUGCCGACUCCACAUUGCAGAGUCCCGCUGUUUCGAGCUCCUGGCCGUCCGCGUCAGACAUGCCCAGGCCCGACGCGCGAAGCGGCGCGAGCCCGGCGUCUGCUUCAACACCCGUAGCAUCCCUUCCGUCGCCUCCGCGACAACGGCCGCUGCGGGUGUUCACGCGGAAACGGCCUCGCCCACACGAUGAGGUUGGUGCUGCCCCAGAGGGUUCAGAGGCGCCGCCGGCGUACGAGGACAUUGAUCACAGAGACAGCUCUACGCGAGCGGGGCAAGCCCCGUCGACGAGGAACGUUAUAUAG